AUGGGUGAUUAGGACUCUUCUCAUGUCACACUUAUUGUUUUGUCAACUAUCCUUAUUGGGAUCUAUUUAUUUGUUUUGUUUAUACUACAUUGUUUUGGAAAGAUAAACGAUAUCAUAUUUCCUGCUCCUACUCCUAUGUAUCAAGAAAUAAAUUUUUAGGCCAAUCUGUAUUAUGCAAGUACUUACGAUUAUGAUGUUAAUAUGGGUAAAACAAAAAUAAACAUAGUGCAUAGAAACCCAAAUGUUUAUCCAGGAAAUCCUGAAAAAGUCAGAAACAUUCCCUAUGUCUAUAUCAAAAAUAGAUAUUGGAAAACCAAUUUAUAUAUAAUAUAUUUUCAUGGGAACGCGGAAGACAUGUGUAGGUAUUCAGCUGUAGAAUUUAUGGAAUCAUUAUCCAAAAUGAUAAGUGCAAAUAUGUUUGUUAUUGAAUAUCCUGGUUAUGGUAUAUAUAGGAAUAUUGAACCAACUUCAAAUUUAGUGGAAUAAGAUUCAUUAGUCUUAUAUGAUGAAAUUAAGAAUUAGUUCAGAUUAAAUGAUGAUUAAAUAUACAUUUUUGGAAGGUAUUCCUAAUUUCUAUUAAGAUCGAUUGGCACAGGACCUUCAUUUUAUCUAGCAACUUAAAGAAACAUCAAAGGAUUAAUAACUAUGUCUGCUUAUAAAUCAAUUAGAUAUAUAUUAAAUGACUUUUGUUAUGGAUGUGGUUGCAUUUUAAGCCUUUUAUGUUGUUUACCUAAUAUUUUCCCAAAUUUAGAAAGAUCCCAACAUAUUAGAUGUCCUAUAGCGUUGAUUCACGGAGAAGAAGAUGCCUUAAUAUAACCACAUCAUUCAUAAGAUAUCUUUGAAAAUCUUCCUUUACAUAUUUAAUAAUAAUCCAGCAUUUUUGUGAGGCCAAGAAUGACGCAUAAUUAUUAUGACAUUGAGUAUGAUAUUGCAAUUCCAAUAUCACAAAGUUUUAUUGAUUUACAACCAAAGGGAUAUUGA